AUGAAGGCCGUCAGCAGCCUGGGCGGAAGCCUCUGGAUGGGGCUUCUUCUCUGCGGGGCAGCCCUUGGGUCUCCGGAGGGCAACAAAGAGCUCCAGCUCUUCAACCGCCUUUUCGCCAACUACAACAAGUCCACGUGGCCAGUGCGCAGGGUGGGCGAAGUGCUGCAGGUCUCCGUGAAGCUGACCCUCACCAACCUCAUCUCACUGAACGCCAAAGAGGAGACCCUGACCACCAACGUCUGGAUCACUCAGGAAUGGGUAGACUAUCGGCUGAACUUUAGCAGCGAGGAGUAUGACAAAGAGCUCCGGGUCCCAUCUGACCUGGUAUGGCUGCCGGACAUCGUCCUGGAGAACAACAUUGAUGGCAACUUUGACGUGGCCUAUUCUGCCAAUGUCCUGAUCUCCCCCGGGGGGAACAUGUAUUGGCUGCCCCCCGCCAUCUUCCGCAGCUCCUGCCCCAUCGAGGUCACCUUCUUCCCUUUCGACUGGCAAAACUGCUCCCUCGUUUUCCGGUCGAAGACGCACAACGCCAGAGAAGUAGAACUCCAGUACGGACUUGAUGACAACACCCAAGAGCCAGUGAAGGAGGUCAUCAUUGAUCCAGAGGCUUUCACAGAGAACGGGGAGUGGACCAUCCGGUACCGCCCGGCCCGCCUCAUCCUGGCCCCCGUGCCCGGGCUCGAGGCUCCGGGCUUCUCCGAGAUUCACUACUUCCUCAUCAUCCAGCGCAAACCUCUUUUCUACACCAUCAACAUCAUUGUGCCCUGCGUCCUCAUCUCCUCCCUGGUGGUCCUGGUCUACUUCCUGCCUGCCCAGGCUGGAGGGCAGAAGUGCACCGUCAGCAUCUCGGUCCUGCUGGCCCAGACUGUCUUCCUCUUCCUGAUUGCCCAGAAGGUGCCUGAGACGUCACUCAGCGUCCCCCUCAUUGGCAAGUACCUGCUCUUUGUGAUGACGGUGGCCACGCUGAUCGUCAUGAACUGCGUUGUGGUGUUGAAUGUCUCUCUGCGCAGCCCCAGCACCCACCUCAUGUCCCCGAACCUCAAACACCUCUUCCUGAAGAUCCUUCCACGCUACCUGGGCUCCACCGUAGGACCCGCAGGUGAUGAGCCCCAGGACGCCCCCCGCCCUCGCCGACGCAGCUCCUUCUCCAUUAUGGUCAAGGCCGAGGAGUACAUCUUGAAGAAGGCCCGGAGCGAGGUCCUCUUCGAGCACCAGGGGCAGCGACACGGGCUGCAGAGGGCGCCCAAUUACGGUGGGCUGGACGUGCAGAUGACCACCAUCUUGUACAAGAACCUAUCCAGCCUGGCCCCAGAGAUCAAAGAAUGCGUGGACGCCUGCAACUUCAUCACCAAGAGCACCAAGGACCAGAGUGCUGAUGGGGCGGAGAUCGAGAGCUGGGUGCUAAUUGGGCAGAUGAUAGACAAGCUGUGCUUCUGGAUUGCAAUCUUGCUCUUCACCACUGGUACUCUUGCUAUCUUUUUCAUGGGGCACCUCAAUACGGUGCCUGAGGACCCUUUCUCAGGCCAGGAAGACUAGUAGGGCAAGGGGCCCUUUGCAGCCUCACGUCACCCUGGCUGGAUGCAAAACGAGCUCCCCCCACUCAGUCUGUGGGACUGCCUGAUUCCAGCCCCAACCGCCAAGCAGGCAGAAGGGGGCAGCCAGGGACCACCGGCAGCUAUUUCUACAAAGCUGCUCAGGUGCUCUGCGACGGAAGGCUCUGUGUGGCUCCCAAGCUCGCACACGCGUACGCACACCUGCCUAAUGCAUUGAAAUAAAAG